CAGACACUCACACACACACAGACACACACACAGACGGUCACAGAUGGAUUUGAAUUCUCCGUCUACGCUGAGAGAGGAGACGGGGAGCACAGCCCCAGGGACUGCGGGUUGGUACGUGUUGGGACCAGUUACUGGGAGUUUCCCGGUGCUCGGGAGAGCCAGCGGGAAUCACCGGCGACGUUACCAGGCUCGCUGGCGGGAUGAUUACCUGAUGGAGUACGAUCGUGCCCGGCACGGGCUGGUGUGUAUGGUGUGUGGCACCGCCCUCAGCACCAUGAAGCUCAGCGCCAUCAAACGCCACAUCCUCCACCGGCAUCACCAUUCCCUGCUCCUGAGCCGGGCGCAGAGACUGGCAGCCAUCGGCACCUGGGAGACAGCGCAGAGGGAGGCCGAGAGGGAGAGAGAGGGCACACAGGACAGAGCGGGCACAGAGAAGCAGAGAGCGGAGAGGCCCAGUUUGGGCAAAGAGAGGCACCGUGUGGGCACAGAGAGGCCCAGUGUGGGCACAGAGAGGUCCAGUGUGGGCACAGAGAGGCACCGUGUGGGCACAGAGAGGCGCAGUGUGGGCGCAGAGAGGCACCGUGUGGGCACACAGAGGCCCAGUGUGGGCACAGAGAGGCCCAGUGUGGGCACAGAGAGGUGCAGUGUGGGCACAGAGAGGCCCAGUGUGGGCACAGAGAGGCGCAGUGUGGGCACAGAGAGGCGCAGUGUGGGCACAGAGAGGCGCAGUGUGGGCACAGAGAGGCCCGGUGUGGGCACAGAGAGGCGCAGUGUGGGCACAGAGAGGCGCAGUGUGGGCACAGAGAGGCCCAGUGUGGGCACAGAGAGGUGCAGUGUGGGCACAGAGAGGCUCAGUGUGGGCACAGAGAGGCGCAGUAUGGGCACAGAGAGGCGCAGUGUGGGCACAGAGAGGCGCAGUGUGGGCACAGAGAGGCCCGGUGUGGGCACAGAGAGGCGCAGUGUGGGCACAGAGAGGCGCAGUGUGGGCACAGAGAGGCGCAUUUUGGGCACAGAGAGGUGCAGUGUGGGCACAGAGAGGCGCAGUGUGGGCACAGAGAGGCGCAGUGUGGGCACAGAGAGGCGCAUUUUGGGCACACAGCUCAGCACAGCGGAGGUGAAAGUGGAGAUGACAGACAGCCCAGAGCAGCAAAGAGCCAACACCCCCAGCGACAACAAUGUACAGCUCAGCCCAGAGACCCCGGCGAGGCCCAGCGUGAAGAAGGAAGACCGGGCGGAGUGGGGGUCGGGCGCCCGGUCAGUCAGCCCGGCCUGCCGGCUGCUGCCCAAGCUGCGGGCGGUGGCCGGGGCCGGUCGCCGAUUGCGCCGCUACCAGCCGGGCUGGCGCUCAGACUUCCUGAUGGAGUACGACCGGCGCCGGCACGAGCUGGUGUGCCUGGUCUGCGGCUCGGCCCUGGCCACGCUGACCGUCUCCGCCAUCCGGCGCCACGUCCGGCAGAACCACCCCUACUCGCUCGGCCUCAGCGGGGAGGAGAGACACAACAUCCUGCAGGCCUGGGAGGCCUCGGGGCCCCCCCUGGGGGCCGACUGGUGCCUGACCGGCAGGCGUCACCGCAGGAACUACCAGCGACACUGGCGGGCAGACUACCUCAUGGCCUACGACCGCGGGCGGCACGGCCUGGUCUGCAUGGUGUGUGGGGCCGCUCUGGCCACCCUCAAGCUCAGCACCAUCAAGCGCCACAUCAGCCAGCGCCACCCGCAGUCCCUGGGCCUGGCCCCGGCCGAGAGGAGGGACCUACUGGCGGCCUGGGCGGAGAACGAGGAGGAGGAGGAGGAGGAGGGGGGGGACGGGGCCUUCGGAGCUGACGAGGGCCUGGACUUGUGGAGCAGUGAAGGGGAGAGGUUGCCGGACGUGACGAUGGAGGGAACGAGGUCGACGGCGAUGGAGAGAUACAGAGCGAGCGCUGGCGAGUUGCCGGUGUCUCCGAGCGGGGAGACAGGGGGUGGGGGAGAGGGGUUGGGGGGCGAGGGAGGGCUCGGGCUUCAGCUCGAGCUGUCGCGGUGGAGAGACCACAAGAGGAAUUAUCAGGCUCGCUGGCGGGGGGAGUACCUCAUGGCUUACGACGGUGUUAACCACGGGCUGCUGUGUAUGGUGUGUGGCUCCACACUUGCCACCAUGAAGCUCAGCACCAUCAAACGCCACAUCCACCAGCGCCACCCCCACUCCCUGCGCCUCGACCCCGCAGACAAGAGGAACGUUCUGGAAGCCUGGAGCCGGCUGGUGUCACAGAGCAACCCCCAAGCCCGAGACCACCCCCACCCUGAGCGAACAGACCCCACCCUCAACCUCACCCGUUCAACCACUAACACAGGUCAACAAACGCAGCUGAUUUGCUCGCAGCGACGUCCCCACAAACAGCCGUGAAGCCAGCGAUUGAUUUUAUCUGU